UUAUAAUGUAUAAAAAAACUUUCAUUUUUGAGCUUCUGCAUCGCUUGCACUGUGUUCAACCAAAAUUCUUGUGAUAGAUUUUGCAGAGAUGGAUCAAGAAAAAAUUACAGUUCCUACUAUUUUUCGAGGCCUUCGGAUUCUCCUGCUUGAUGGUGAUACAGAAUCGCUGUUACAUUUAGCAUCACAAUUGGAAAAUUAUUCCUAUAGAGUUACCACCACUGAACUGCCGACAAUUGCACUGUCCAUUUUGCAAGAACGAGCAGAUCGUUUCGAUCUCAUCAUGGCUGACAUCGAAAUGCAAGAAAUCGACUGUUUCAAGUUUAUCAAGAGUGUACAGCUUAUCAAGGACCUUCCCAUCAUAUUGAUUUCUGCAGAAUCAAAGAAGAAUGUGAUCAAAGAAGCCAUGAUGAAGGGGGCAUGCUUCUUUCUCAAGAAACCAAUAUCUUCCAAGAAUCUCAAGAAUGUGUGGCAACACUUUUAUAGAAAGACCAGAAAGAUAGAAAUCAAGAGUAGUGAUUAUCAAGAAGCGGAGUCUCAUGGAGCCAAGGCAGAGAGAAAGGAAAAAGUUGUCACUGAAGAGGCUCCAAAUGAGUCUGUAAACGAGCAUUUUGGAGAUAGUGAUCAAGCUGGAAAUGACCAGGAUGGUGUAGUUGGACGAAUGAGGCUCAAAAACUCGAGAAAAAAGAGGUCUGAUGAAGCAGGAGAAGUCAAGAGGAGGAAAUUGGAUGAAAAUCAAGAAUUGGCAGAUUCACCUAAAUUUGGGGUAGCUUUUUUCAAGUUACCUGAAGAAACAGAUUGCUUAGAUGGGCACAAUCUCUCUGAGGGUUCACUUACGCAGAGUAAGUUUCCGACGACAGCGAAGAAGGUCGAGGUUAACAAGAAGCUGGACUUAGCGACGGAGUAAGAGAACUAGUUUUCAUAGUUUUGAAGGCAAAGCGAAAAAUGAACUAUUCAUAUCUAAAUGGCAAUGUGAAAUUUGGCUAGGAUAGAGUUUUGCUUUAUUUCACCAAGUGAGCCCAACUGAAAUUACUCAUGAAAUUUGAUCACAUUUUACAUUUAGAUGAUUUUA